AUGGGCCAUUUUGUCGACGAAAUCCCGCCUCAUCUUGCGGAAUGGAUCCUAAAACAGCAGAUGUUCUGGGUAGCAUCUGCCCCUCUCUCACCUGAUGGUCACGUCAAUGUUUCCCCGAAAGCCAUAGAAGGAACGUUCCAUGUCGUCAACUCACGACGUGUGUGGUACGAAGAUCUCUCCGGAACGGGCGCCGAAACCGUUUCACACAUCAGAGAGAACGGUCGCGUAACGAUCCUCUUCCAUGCCUUCGAAGGCCCUGCGAGAAUUGUCCGUUUGUAUGGAAAAGGCUUUUUCUAUGAAAUCGGAACUCCGGAAUACGAAGCUCUGCUGCCGGCGGAUAAGCGCAUUCCUGGUUCGCGUGCCGUUAUAGGAGUGGAUGUUCACAAGGUCGGUACGACUUGUGGAUAUGCAGUGCCAUAUUACAAGUUUAUCGGCCAUCGUUCUCAACUCGUGGACUGGGCAGCGAGGAAGGAGGCGUUCGAUCAUGAAGAUACGAUAACAGCGAAAUCCGCUCCUCCUCCCCCAUCAGCCUCGACGGCUCCAUCCCACAGUUCGCUCUCUCCUUCCCCGUCUGUCUCCGGGGCCUCGUGGAGGGAGCUUAUCAAUCCCAAGGGCAUGGUGCAAUGGUGGCAGUCUCGCAACCUGAAGAGCAUCGAUGGCCUGCCCGCGUUCUCUGUGAAUCUUGGCCGCGGAUUCCCCUUUGGAUUCUCUAUCCGCCCUGCUCCCAUCCAGAACCCCCGACUUCUACAUAAAGAGCGCUCCAUAGCACCAAGCGCAAACGCCUCGUACCUCUCUUCGACGGCGCAGAAGCUGGAGGAGUCGCCCGAGCUCCACAGUGAUGUGAUGCUCGCUACCAAACAUCAAGCAUACCACGAUAUAUCCACACUCACGGCCGCUGUCGUUCCUUUCCUCCUGACGUUCAUCGUUGGGGUAUGGCUAGGACGCAUGUACGAGAGCCACAUCUCCGGUGAUCAAGGAUCCCUGAUUGCUCAAGCAUUCAGAGAUCGACAUGACUCCUUUACUUCAUUGAUUCGCAACUAA